CAUACUCACCUUUUAAAUCUAUUCACACGACAGCCCUGUGAACUGCAAUUAUUAUCCCCUUUGAUGAGUGAGGAAACUGAAAGUCAGGAAAGUGAAAUACUCUGCCCUGUUUUCUUUGUUGUUGUUGUUUUGUUUGCUUGCUUGUUGCUUGUUAACUUGUUUUGUUUUGUUUGAGACAGGGUCUCUAGACAGUCCUGGCUGUUCUGAAACUUACUAUGUGGACCGGGGGAGGGGCGGCGGGAGGACUUGAACUUGCCUCUGCCACCAGGCUGAACUAGGUAGGAUCUUUUGACUUAGCAAUGCUUUGCAUGUGGGGGUCGUUUGACUCAGAGCUUUUUGUCCUACAGACCUAAUGAGAUGGGAGUGAGCAUAGAGACCUCAGAAAGAGAUCUGCUUGGUAUUUUGGCACUGACUUCAAGACCUAUGGUCCCCAAAUCUGUGUUGCAGCCCUUUGCAUUGCAUGUCCUCUGAUCAAGGAGUAUGGAGUAAUCAGAGGAUCUGUGCCCUGUUUGGGGUCUGAACUUCAUCUGUCCUAAGUGUCAACAGAUCCAGGUAGAGUCCUAUGGCACACACAUAUUUCAUGGACGAUGCUACCCAGGAAGCCAGAGUAUAGGGAGAAGUAAGGUUAUGUGCAGAGUGACACCCCAUGAGGAGGCAGCCAGCUGUGGAUACUAUCACAAGGUCCCUACGCAUUGUUGUCUGAGCCGCCCAGCAUGCUCUGCUCACCGCAUCCCGAGGUGCACUGACCAUGAGCCUCAACUCCUCCCCCCACUACAGGAAGGAGCUGAGCAAUCUCACUGCAACGGAGGGUGGUGAAGGGGGUGUGGUCACUGAGUUCAUUGCCAUCAUCAUCAUCACCGUAUUCGUCUGCCUGGGCAACUUGGUCAUUGUCGUCACCUUGUACAAGAAGUCCUACCUCCUCACCCUCAGCAACAAGUUCGUCUUCAGCCUGACCCUGUCCAACUUCCUGCUGUCGGUGCUGGUGCUGCCGUUUGUGGUAACUAGCUGCAUCCGGAGGGAAUGGAUCUUUGGCGUGGUCUGGUGCAACUUCUCUGCUCUUCUCUACCUGCUGAUCAGCUCGGCCAGCAUGCUCACCCUCGGGGUCAUUGCCAUCGACCGCUAUUACGCUGUCCUGUAUCCAAUGGUGUACCCCAUGAAGAUCACAGGGAACCGAGCCGUGAUGGCUCUUGUCUACAUCUGGCUCCACUCCCUCAUUGGUUGCUUGCCACCCCUAUUUGGUUGGUCAUCGUUGGAGUUUGAUGAGUUCAAGUGGAUGUGUGUGGCUGCGUGGCACCGGGAGCCUGGCUACACUGUCUUCUGGCAGAUCUGGUGUGCCCUGUUCCCCUUUCUCAUCAUGCUAGUAUGCUAUGGUUUCAUCUUCCGUGUGGCCAGGGUCAAGGCCCGAAAAGUGCACUGUGGCUCUGUGGUCAUUGUGGAGGAGGAUGCCCAGAGGACCGGGAGGAAGAAUUCUAGUACCUCCACUUCCUCCUCAGGCAGCAGGAGGAAUGCCUUUCAAGGCGUGGUCUAUUCAGCUAACCAGUGCAAAGCCCUCAUUACCAUUCUUGUGGUCAUUGGCGCCUUCAUGGUCACUUGGGGCCCCUACAUGGUUGUCAUUACCUCAGAGGCACUCUGGGGGACGGAUGUGAUGCUGCUGGAAGACUGCACUUCUGAUGACAACCCUCCCCCACACUGCACGUGCCCACCCAGGAGAAGGAGCUCCGUGACAUUUGAGGACGAAGUAGAACAGAGCAAAGAGGCUGCCAAGAACUCUAUUCUUCAUGUGAAAGCCGAAGUCCACAAAUCUUUGGACAGUUACGCAGCCAGCUUGGCUAAAGCCAUUGAGGCCGAAGCCAAAAUCAACUUAUUCGGGGAGGAGGCUUUGCCAGGGGUCUUGCUCACAGCACGGACUGUCCCAGGGGCUAGCUUUGGGGGGCGUCGAGGCAGCAGGACUCUUUUAAAUCAGAGGUUACCACUGCAGAGCAUUGAGGAAGGGGACAUCUUAGCUGCAGAACAGAGAUGAAAGCCUCAGAGGGGACUGGGGCCACACUGGAGCUACUGGAAUCUGUGUCGGUGCCAAGGCCCUGGAAGACGUCACCCCUCAUGGAGGGCCAGACACCGGGAAGGAAACACUGGGGAUGCAGCCAGGAGGACUGGAAGUUCUGACUUCACUGUCUGCCGGGAAGGCAUGUGUGGCUGUCCAGGGUCCCUGGGCUGGAACGAGGCUUCCAAAGCACACUGAAAAAGCAGAUGGAGAGAUGUGGCUGCCAUUUCGGGAGGACAGAGACAAUGGGUUCAAAGGGAAGCCACCAUGUGGACCAUGUCUUCACCAGUAUCCUGCUGGUCUAACUGCUCAUGGUCUCAGAGGCAGUCCCUACUCAGUGUACCUCAUGGGAUGCAAGACCAUCUGGGGUUCUAUGUGGUUGAUCCAGGCGGCAUAGGGCCACACAGGAUAGACUAACUGCACAACAGUCCAGAGAACACCCAGGAGUAGCGCACCAUACACAGACACCCCAUUAUCUACUGCCCUCAUUAGGAUGUGGCCUUUGGUGACAACUGCUGCUGGUCUGUAGGAGCAGCCCACAGGCCACCCAAGAUGGGACCACCCCACCCACCUCUUUGUUGACAGAUGUUUUAGUGUUUGAAAAGAAGGGAGAAACCACUAUAAAAGACAAGGGUGAGUACCAGGCAUUUCAUUUCCAAAAUAAGAAACCCAGGAGAUUAGGGUAUGUCACUAAGACUAGGGCUAUGAUGUCACAUAGAGCAGGGAAGAAUCUAGGGGAAAUCCCUCACACAGGCAAUGUGGGAGAUGCUUGAGUGACUGACAAACCUAGCUGGCCUCAAUUCAUUGCCAGGAGCAAUUGUGAUUGUCACUGCAGCUUUGGGGCAGGCACAAGGUAGAAAGGGCACUGGAGCUGAGUUCACUGCCUGGGUUCUUGGCUCAGCUUGGUCUUUGCGUAUCAUCUGGAACAUCCUGUCCUGUCAUUAGGCCAUUUGGAGAAAUGGGAGAGGAGUGAGGAGUUGGAACAAGUUAGUCUCCAAGAUAUUUCCAGCUCUGAUCUUUGAUGUCAUCUGAACUUGUAAUUUAAGAGAUGGGAACAAACAGAACAUGACCAGUGGAUAAACCAGCCUUUGUAUACUUUUGAGUGUGUACUCAGUGAACACACGGAAAACUACCUGCACGCUCUGGCCCCGUGUCUUUGUACUGUUUGACUAUUAAGGGCAGUCCUAAAUGCUAGCUACCGAGACACGGGUUUGAAGACUGUACCACAGCUGAGGCAAAGGUAGGGAAGCAGGUGGGAUCCAUUGGCUUGGACCCCUUGCCUCUCAAGCUAGAACUUGAAGUUUGAGCUUUGAGUGCUUGCUGUGGUGGCCAGGAAGACAGCCUUCCCUGCUGUUCUUAAGUCUGGGUGCCUAGACAAGCUAGGCUCAGGGCUCUCCAUUUCACAGAGCAAAGGAAGACCCCACUUGCCAUAUCAGCCACAAGGCAGCCAUUCCAGAGUGAAUUACUUUUCAUGUGUUUUCUGUGGGCUACCUGGCUCCUGGUAUGGCAGUAUCUUUUUCCUGUGGUGCCUGGUCUGCAGCUCACUGAAGACAUAUCAUGAGGCUUGGCAUUUGCCUUUGUGUGGUUGAUUUUGUUAACACCACCUACUCCAAGACAGCUGUGCAGGGGAUUGGUAGGAUUUUGGAUGGAAUGGCAGUGGGCAGAGGACAGUCAUAUGUUUUCUCAUCCCUGGCAGCAUUUCUGUUCUCUUUCUAGUGUGUUAUCUUUUUCUAGUACUUGUCCGGUGUCUGGAGGGACCAUAUUCCUAAUGCACAGAAGUGGAACAUGGCAGAGGCCUUGCCCCCUAGGGACGGGUUGCCGGUUAGUGCAAUAGAUUGACUUAAGACUCAAAGAUUAGAGAGCUCUUUCUUGCUUGCCUGGGGCUAGGCUUUAUGGGAAGGAUGCUGAGGCCUCUGAGUCCUGCUGGCUGACCCCCAGUUCACUGGCAUACAAGAAGAGAUCAUCUAAACUGACCUAGAAAAUGGAAUUGUCAGUGUUUUUAAUGGAGUGAGGACUAUUCAUUUACCCAACACUGCAGGCCCAUAAAGCACCUCACCAGGCACUGGGGCAUAAUAGCAGUGUUUAUUUACCACUUCAGAGGAGAAAGGUCCAGAAGAUACUGUUGUGGACACAGAUCAGGCGGUGAUGGCCAAGCUGUGGCUCCAGAGGGUCUUGAGUAUUCCAACCAGGAUUCUAGGGCUGGGCCAGGGAAGCAGGUGACCAUCUCAACUGAGUCUUGGGAGAACGUGUAGGAGCCAGAACCAUGUUUUUGCAUAUUCAGGGAUUCUCAUUUGUUCAACUGAGCUAGAGAGAAGUGGGCUGAGGAGAGAGAGAGGUAGUCCAUACCUUCUCUUUUGUCCUCUGUGGAGGACACCUGCCUUUUGUGUAGAAGCCACCAUCCCAACUAAACCCAGCCAUGUUAGCUGCAAAUUUCUGUGCAGUGGCAGGCCUGAGGCCUUCCCCAGGACACUCAUGGGUAGGGGCAAGUAGGCCCUUUGGCUACUUGUUUGCGUAAAUACCUCAGUCCUGAUUCGGAUAGGAUCACUGGGAGGUCCAUGGCCCACUGCUUUACAAGGUUUUCCCCUUGACUUGGUCCCUGUGCUGUUUUCCAGAUGCUUGCUGUGGGGACUGUUGCAUCUGAGAAGGCAUUGGGCCAAGCACUACAGUGACACCUACUUUUUCCAACCUGGCCAGACAUCCCAAACUGGAGUUCAAAACCUUAGACGCUAGAUGGCAGCAGUAUGGCUGUGGAGAGUAAAAAAAAUCAUCAGGGAGGCUUGUUCCUCUGAGCCCUGCCAUGAGUACAAAUGCCUGGCCUUGACAACUGAUCUUCAUACGUGUGACCCCUGUUGGGGUUCACAGGGACUACCUGCACAGAGCUGUGUGAUCUUAAGCAAAGCACUACUCCGAAGACAGGCAGGCAGGGAGGAUUGCAAAGACAGUGGCCCAUUGGUGCUAAUGUACUUAGAUUCUCAUUUGUGUAACUGUGACUUCAUCUUUCAGCCAAGAAUGAAACCAUCACUCAGUAUUUGCAAUAGGGCGCUGUAGAUUGGGUCUAGACAGAGGAGGAAAAUAAUGCUGAUCCAAUGAGAGAGCAUACUAGUCUGUUGAGACAGAAUUAUUAUGAAUGCUUUUCCAAGUGGACAAUGUCCUUCUUAGGUUUGCAGAUUAGAGACAUUUCUCAAUGGAUUGUAAGAUGAACUCAUGAAACAUGUUCAGCUUUGUUUUGUCUGCCUCCUGUCUGGAAGUGAGGAUGAUGUGGCUAAACAAGGGGAGGCCAAGAACAGGUAUGCAUUAGGUCCUACUGUGUACCUCACCUCUAAGAGCCUGUUAUGUGCUAGGCACUAAUUGAGAACUCCAGAUGCUCCAUCUUCUUUUGCUUCAGGCAGGCGGGACACAGUAAGGGUGAUGCUAGUGUGUGGCAUGGUUGUGAGUUAAGACCUCAGGUUGCCACUUACUAGCUAGGUGUUGGAUAAUCUGUUUGUAUAUAGGGACACAGAAUCCAAGGAUGCUGUUUGCAUAGGGUGGACUACAGAAAUGCUCAUGGUGCAUCCAUCACAGGACAGAAGUGCAGGCUGACCUGAGCCUCUGGUCUUGCUUCUCAGUGUAACUGACAGGGCAGAAUCCUUCCUGUUUUACAGGGAUCUUUAAAGAUAUUUUAUCCAAUUCAGGGUAAUUAAUUAUGCUGAGGGUUGUUGCCCUGGGGGAAUUAUUUGCUAUUCAGUAUAAUAGUGGUGAUGACAAAGGGAAGGCAGUAGGGGAGGGUGGAAAGGCUGAGUACACCUUGGAACAUGAGGUCAGUAGGAACAAAAAUGAACUUUCCUAGUAAGAAAGUCUUUCUUCUACAUUGACCUGCUCACACAAAAAAGGAAUUAUUUCUAUAAUAUCCCAAAUUAAAGAUGAUGUAUAGAGUCCCCAACCUAUGUCAAUUCAACUUUGACCUUCCUUAUACUCAGAAAGGCCACACACCUCUCCCUCCAACUCCAAUGCCUUUGGGUGUUCAGUCUAGCAGUGACAGUGUCUGGCUCCCAGCAGCCAAAGCUCUUGUCUUCCAAGACUCGGAUGGAAGAGGCAGAGGAGGUAUAGGUGUCCAUGUCACUCGGGGAGUGUACAGAACCUGAGGAAAUGUGAGGAGGACCACAAGAACAUGGAUGCGAUCAGCCAUAAAUGACUAUAAGGAGGACAGGCAGAUACUGUCCUUGUCCAGGAAGGCCGGAGGAAAGUGGUGUCUCAAAAUGAGGUAAACCAGAGGCAUAGCCAAAUCCCUAGGUCUUGGUCAUGUGUCUGAGAGAAGGAACAAGCCUUGUAGCUCAAGGAGAAUGAGGCACAGGUGAGUUAAAGGUCAUCCUUAGCAGAAUGGGCCAGCUGGACUUUAUUAGCUAGGAAGAACCUAACUGACCAGGCCUAAAACAUGGCCUUGAAGGUCAAGGUCAGGCAAUUAUCUGUUGGAAAGACUUCAAAGCACAGAAACCAAUCUGCACAAGGUUACAAGCACAAUUUUGGCCAGAGUAAUUUUGGCACACAAUAUACCACUAUUUGAAACACUAAAAAUCACAGGUGAGCCAGCUCCUUUCAGAGGAAAGGACAGUACCAGAAGACUUGGGUGAUGAGACCAUGCCAAGUGCGGCAGAAACCCUGAAUGCCUGGAAAUGGAUCUGCUGGUGGAAAAGACAUGCUUUAAGGAGAGUUCUGAGUGUUGUUCUGAUGACAUCUACAUGGAGGAAGACGUGGUUAAAAACCAAACUUCAAAAAUAAACAAAACCCAAGCUAACCCUAAAAUAUAUUUAACUUGAAGUUUUGGAUGGUGUUCCUGAAGAUAAAAUGGUCUAGGGUUAUUAUAUAUAAAUCAGUAUUUAUGAAUAAGUAAAAGUGUAUGUAGACAAGUUUUGUUUACCUGAUUAAAUGUUUCUGGAAUGUGUAAAUUGUCA